AAAAUAUAUAUGCUUCUCGUGGAUAUUUAUGAGCGUUCAGACAAGGAGGAGCUUGCACAACAAACAUAUCAAACUAUGUUGAAGAAGUUUUCUCAAAGUUCCAAAGUUUGGACAAAAAUGGGAUUGUUUCAUAUCAAGCAUGGUAACGUUCAAGCUUCUCGUGAUUUACUUCAACGAAGUUUGCGUUCCUUGCCAAAACGAAAACAUAUUAAAACCAUAACUAAAUUUGCACAAAUGGAAUUCAAAUAUGGAGAGGCUGAGAGGGGUCGUACAAUAUUUGAAGGAAUGAUGAGUAAUUAUCCUAAGAGAGCAGAUUUGUGGUCUGUAUAUAUUGAUAUGGAAAUAAAGGCUGGUGAUUUCGAUAUAGUUCGGCGUCUUUUCAAAAGAAUUAUUGAAAUGAAGUUUUCAUCAAAAAAUAUGAAAUUUUUCUUUAAAAAAUGGUUAGCAUUUGAAAAGGAACAUGGUAAUGAAGAACAUAUAAAUCAUGUCAAAGAAAUGGCGCAAAGUUUCGUAGAAUCAUUAAAUUAG